AUGUCCAGCAAUUAUUCGCCCUCAGUGAAAGGUCGCAAGCGCAAAACUAGGUCAUACGCAGCUCCAUCUGUUUAUGCGUCGCUACCGCAAAAGGUACCGGAUUGCAUUCGGGAAGGGUUGACGCUCCUAAUUGUAGGACUCAACCCAGGCGUCUUGACAGCGAAAACAGGCCUACACUUUGCAAGCCCCACAAAUCUCUUCUGGCCUUUACUUUACGAAUCGAACAUCAUCACGAGACCAAUGAAGGCCCAGGAAGGUUGUGCAUGUUUAGUCAACGAAUUUGACAUUGGCAUCACAAACAUCAUUGAUCGUCCAACGGCCGAGAGCGCAGAGUUGGGAAAGAGCGAGUACAAGGAAGCAGCAAUAAAACUCGAGGAAAAAAUCCGUCGCUACCGGCCCAAGGCUAUCAGUUGCUCGGGCAAAGGCAUUUGGGAGGCAAUUUUUCGUCAAAUUUAUGGCCGGCCAUUGCGUAAGCAGGAUGGUUUCAAAUUCGGAUGGCAAAGGGAAAAAUGGGCCUGCUGUGCCGACGGCUAUAAGUGCCCGGUCUUUGUCACGAUGGGCACCAGUGGACGAGUCGCGGCGUACUCGCCGGCUUACAAAAGACAGGUCUUUGCAGAAUUGGGUCGAUGGGUCAACUCGGAGCGAUCAGCUGUGAUUGAUUGCAAUAGUAAUCGAGAACGAUUGGACGUGCCGGAUCUCAGUGCGCCAGACACUCAUAGGCAAGCUUAA